CGUUGAGUCACCGCACCUCCACAACUGUUUUUUUUUUUUUUCCGACAAACAGGGAAUGGACCGUCUGUUUUAGAAUGAACCAAUCCACGUUUACUCCAGGGAAUAUUUCGGCGUUCGACAUGGAAAACCAACGUGCUCAGUAUGGUCAUUUCUCCUUGUUAACUUCAGUUUUUUUGACCCUGCUUAUGACACUCCUAGUUUUUGCCACCGUGCUCGGCAAUGCACUUGUUAUUUUGGCGUUCGUUGUGGAGAAAAGUUUGCGCACUCAAGGCAACAUCUUCUUUUUAAAUUUAGCCAUAGCUGACUUUCUAGUGGGGGGCUUUUGCAUCCCCAUAUAUAUCCCUUAUGUGCUAACGGGAGAGUGGAGACUUGGAAGAGGUCUUUGCAAGCUGUGGCUCGUCAUUGAUUACCUUCUCUGCACGGCGUCUGUGUUCAACAUUGUGCUCAUCAGCUUCGACAGGUUCCAGUCUGUUACGAGAGCAAUGAGUGACAGGUGCCAGCAAGCUGUUACUCGGGAGGCGUUGCUGAAAAUGGCAUGUGUGUGGCUGGCUGCGUUUCUACUGUAUGGGCCUGCCAUCAUUAGCUGGGAGCAUGUUGCUGGUGGGAGCGUGGUCCCAGACAGAGCGUGCUACGCCGAGUUCUACUACAACUGGUACUUCCUGAUGACGGCCUCCACAGUGGAGUUUUUCACCCCCUUUAUCAGCGUCACCUACUUCAACGUCAGCAUCUAUAUCAACAUUAGGAGGCGCAACCUGAUGAGGGAAGGCAACCCUGACGGUGAAGGACACAGGGAGAGCGGGAUAGAACUGCAAGGCAUGGUUCGGGAAGAGAAGCAGAAAGUGUUCUUCGUCAGCCCAACAGCACCAGGGAGGAGAGUUGGGGAGGCCAGAAGCUCCAGUCUCCCAUGCACAGAUGUGACGGCAGGACCUAGUGGAAGGAAUACCAGGGAUGGCGGGAUGCUAGAUCUGCCACCCCUCCAGCUGGAGGACCUGGUUCAGAGGCAGGUCGACCGGCGCUACAGAACCACAGAGCAGGGUCACGGCAGGUCUAACAUGGUGGAUGCCAGCAUGGCCACCUGCUUCCGCCUCUCCAGGGACAAGAAGGUGGCUAAGUGCCUGGCGGUGAUCGUAUGCGUGUUUGGGCUGUGCUGGGCACCCUACACCCUACUGAUGAUCAUCAGGGCAGCAUGCCAUGGUCAGUGUGUCCAGCACUAUAUGUAUGAGAUCUCCUUCUGGCUGCUGUGGAUCAAUUCCUCCAUUAACCCAGUACUCUACCCUCUCUGUCACACCAGCUUUAAGAGGGCCUUCAUUAAACUGCUGUGCCCUUCUAAGAUCAAGAUACAGCCCCAACACAUGGAACACAAGUGCUGAAGUGCAUUCUGAAGGGCAUUUACUGCAUAUCCGCGGUCAUUUAUCGAUUACGCAUUGAACGGAUGAUGAUAGGAAUGACAUCUUUCUCACUUCUCUCACUUGCUAGAGGGAAUGUGUUCUUGAAAUUGUGUGGAAAGAAGAAAUGAGACUCAUAGCGCUUGAACUGGCAAAUACCACCCUGAGCAGUGUCGUGAAGUGAGAACAAUACAAACUGCUGCGCUUCCAUUUGCGAGAACAUUCUGUGGGAGAAUGUGUUCAAGUGCAGGUGGGAAGAGUUUUACUUAUUUGGAGAUUAAUUGUUAAGAACUAGCCUAAUUGUGUCCCCCUGUCACCUCCGUUAGAUGUUCUGCUUGGUUUUGUGCCUCUACCCAGUGAGCAGUUUAUGGAUAAUUAUGUAUUAAAAUUUUGUAUUAUGUUUUCAAUGGUCCUGUACCCAAGUCUCUUGACAGUGGUGUGUAGUUGGAAUCUUGUCAUGGUCAAGUAAGCCAUUUAUGUAAUAAACCUUUUCAAGAACAAAUAAAGCCAGACUUCCUCUCUGAACUCACCUGCUUCUAAUGCAAUGAGUUGCCUUUGAUCCACACCUGAACAAAAAGACCCUAAUUUAAUUGGAACCAG